GAGGAAAGCAGGAGAGCAAGAGCUGAGAGAGGCGCUGUUGGCAAGCUGCAGCUCAGGAACAGCCGAAGGGGGAGGCGCUGCAGCGGCUGAGGGCAGGCAGGCGGCGAAGGAGCGGAGCCGAGCGUCGAGUCCAGGGAUGCACCGGCUCCCCAGCCGCAGAGCGAACUCGCACGCAGCGCCCUGUCCACAGCCUGCACCCGUCCACAACACCGACUCUUUAAUCAGUCCAAUUGUUGGGGAAGGGAUCUGGUGUUGGGUGUAGGGGACAAACAAGGCGCAGGUGACUGCAAUACCUCUGCUCCAUUUUAUUUGACAGUAGCUGGAGAACAUCAGGAGCGGUGUCAGGAAAGCGCCUUUUACCUCCUCAAAAGCCCCAUUGCUAUAACGAUGUGAACCGAAUGGAGGCGAGGCGGUCAAGAGUGAAAAGUUUAUAUAGCUCGGCCGGGGGCAGUUAGUUAGUUGCUGGUUCUCUUCUCUAUCAUAUUUCGCUGUUAAAACCAGCCGUGUAAAAAAUAUAUAAUUCAAAGCAGUAUUCGGUGCAUUAACUUUCCCAAGUUAAGAGAGGGAGAGAAGAUAUUGUGGAAAUGUCUGCGAGCAUCCUGGAAUGUACCGGCGUGGUGCAGCUGAUGGGGUCAGAGGAAUGGUUUUGACUGAAGCCCGCCCGCUCGCCGGCUGCAACAAGGGUCCCGUAAACCCAUUUGAUCGAGAUUUAAUUUUGCCCGCGGACACAUUUGGCUGCGAACAGUAGCUGCGUUUUGGGACGCCUGCCUCUGCCGACGGAUUGUCACCUGGGUUUGCAGAGUGGAGGGAAGGAUGCACUCGGCUAUCUACAGAGCGAGAGCCGAGAAGCAGAAGGGGAGGCGCGGAUGUUUGAGUGUGGAAGUGAUCCUGCGGGGCGGCGCGCCGUGGGGAUUCACGCUGAAAGGUGGCCUUGAACAUGGGGAGCCGCUCACCAUAUCGAAGAUUGAGGAAGGAGGGAAAGCAGACUUGCUCACAAGCAAACUGCAGCUGGGGGACGAGGUGGUCAAUAUCAAUGACGUGGAGCUGAGCGGCUACAGACUAGAGGCCAUUACAUUGGUGAAAGGUUCCUACAAGACUUUGAAGCUGCUCAUUCACAGGCGGACUGAACCCACAGCCCGACCUCACUCCUGGCAUUCUACAAAAUUAGCGGAAAACCAACCGGAUUCAAGCAUGAUGCAAAUAUCUCAGGGCACGAUCAGCACUCCUUGGCAUCAAACUUACCAUUCCAGUUCUUCUACCAGUGACCUCUCAGGCUACGAUCAUGGAUAUCUAAGGAGGAGUCCUGAUCAGUAUAGUUCAAGAGGGAGCAUGGAAAGUCUGGACCAUACCAAUCUUCCGUACCACUCUUGCAAUCUCUCGCCUGCCAAAUCCACCAACAGUAUCGAUCAGCUUUCUCAUCAUCACAGCAAAAGGGACUCUGCCUACAGCUCUUUCUCUACAAGUUCCAGCAUUCCUGAAUAUCCAGCUCCAACCUUCCGCAAUGAACGUUCCUAUUCCAUGGAAAACAUGCCUUCUAGGAAUAGUCUACACGAAGGAAUCAGACAGGCUGAUAUAAAGUAUGUAAAGACAGUCUAUGACUCCCACAGGGGAAUAUCCGAGGAACGCGAGGUCAGCUGUCCUUCAACAAUAAAAGCAUCCAAUGGUCGAUCCCUGACAGGCUAUUACAAGCCCUCCAGUGGCAAUAGACACAGUAUUGGUCCAGUGUGGAAUAACCCAGGCAGGGGCUCUCUUGAGCCGGACAAUAAAGCUCCCCCUCUUCCUCCGACCCGCAGUGACAGCUUCAUGGCAAUUCGAGGCCACGACAAGCCUACCUCCUGGUCGAGUUUGGAUGGACAGAGCAAGCCUGCUCGACCUCAGCAAAAAGCAGCGUGGUCUCACCCUACCAACGCAGGCUCUGGUGGACAAGCUCAUCUGCUGAAGCCUCAAUUUGUAGAAGGACAACUCAACACAGUGAUGGAGAAGAGUCCCGAAAGUAGCCCAGUUACUCAACCCAAGCACACUUACAUUCAGACGCCACAGCCAGGUCAACCCAUGCUACCAACUGGAAUUUAUCCUGUGCCCCAACCUGAACCACGAUAUGCACAGGUGCCAACAAACAACAGCAAUUUAAUGCUUCAAAGCAACAAUAAUGGGUUAUUGUACCCUGCCCUAAGUAGAGAAAGUACACUCAGUGGUCAAAAUUCAACUGAAAGGACUAAAUGUGCUCCGUGCAAUGUUGAGGAAAGCAAAAUCCAAAGCAUUGGCAAUAAGUCUGGUCUUUAUAAACCCAAUGCUGCACUUGAUUCUGACAAGAAAUACGAGGUGGCUUUAGAGAACACACAGAGUCAAUAUGGUCACUAUGAGGUACAUGUCUUCCCUGACACUGAAUCAGGGUUGCCUGUUGGGCACCAGUCCUGUGCAAAUACAUCAACAGUUGUCAGCGCCAGUCCAAUUGAUGCACAGUAUUCUUGUGUAAAUAGCAAACAGCCACAACCCCAGCAAAGAAUGAAAAGCAGUGAGAAAGAUUUGUCUUCACAUCAAGCAGAGAGCAGGCAAGGAAAAGACCAAAUGGAUGGAGAGUCUUAUCAGUGGAGAACAGAACAGGAAAAUCAGUCACCUUGGAUGCAGGAUGGAGACUGCCAGAGCUCUCCUUUCAGGCAGAACCAACAAGAGAGUAAAAUGGUUCACUGCAAGCAACAAAAUGUGGAUGCAAAAAUCUCACAACAAUGGGAAAGUUACAGUGACAGCAGAGUAUCCCAAAAGUUGGACCAGGACAGGAAAGAGCAGGUCUCUGACCACUGGGGAAACCACGGAAAGCAACAGUGCCCUAAACGCUACAGUGAAAUUGUCAACACUGUUCAGUCAAAGUUUCAGGAACAGAGCCAGUACCAAGAGCAGCACGGUGUACCAGAUGCUGGGAGGAAUCGGUACAGUUCGAGCAGUACCCAAAGUUCCCAGAGUGGGCAUUUUGCAAAAGCUGAAAUGAGCAAACGCUCCUCUGUUCUGGAAGCCGUCAACAUGAUUGAACAACGUGAACAGGACGAGAGAGCUCCGAAUCCACGAGGAUAUCACCUGGGUUCACACCCGGCCAGGUUCAGCCAGUCCAGCUCGAGGAACUCACUAAACAGCCUGGAUGAACCCAGGAGCAGGGUUGCUGACACCCAGCCGGCGAGGCAGCCACCAGCCGCGAUGAUGAACCUGAUAACUGCAGACAAGACUCCCAUCCUUCACCACCUGACCUGUGAGAGUAGAGAUGCGAUUUAUCGGUCAGAGGAUCCAAGGCGUGAGGACAGAGAGUUGCAAUUCCCUGUUAAACCCGCUCAACGGAACGACAGAACCCCGAUCCCCAUUGCAAACAAGGGCCCCCAGCUCACCAAGAGCAGAAGCUCCCUCCAGCUGAUGGAGAAAGGGGAGAAGGACACAUUCUGUGAAGACGACCUUUCGAGUUCUCCACCUGACAACGCGUUCAACCGAGCCUACAGGAACAGCCUGAAGGACGCUCAGAGCAAGGUGCUGCGGGCCACUUCAUUCCGCCGCAAGGACCUGGACCUGACGCCUCCCUACAUGGGCAAGAACAAGAGCAAUCCCAGGGCCGGGGAGCGGCCCGCCUCGGCGCACGUGGGCUCUGCCUCCCAGGCCCGGCUCUGGCACGCGCUGCAGGAGCGGCAGUGCGUCACGCCGACGGAGGGCCACGUGCGCCCGGUGUCCCUGGAGCCGCGUCACAGCGUGGGUCACGUGUCCCAGGUGAGGGCGGAGCCGCGUCACAGCGAGGGUCACGUGGGCCCGAUGUCCCAAGAGUCGCGUCACAGCGAGGGUCACGUGGGCCCGAUGUCCCAAGAGUCGCGUCACAGCGAGGGUCACGUGCCCCAGGUGAGGGCGGAGCCGCGUCACAGCGAGGGUCACGUGGGCCCGGUGAGAGUGGAGCCGCGUCACAGCGAGGGUCACGUGCCCCAGGUGAGGGUGGAGCCGCGUCAGAGCGAGGGUCACGUGCCCCAGGUGAGGGUGGAGCCGCGUCAGAGCGAGGGUCACGUGCCCCAGGUGAGGGUGGAGCCGCGUCACAGCGAGGGCCACGUGCCCCAGGUGAGGGAGGAGCCGCGGCAGGUGGCCGCUGCCGCCGCCGGUCCCGGUCCCGAUCUCCAUCACCAUCAGCAUCAGGUGGGUCGCAUCGGGGGCCGGCGGCGGCUGACGGCCGAGCAGAAAAAGCGCUCGUACUCGGAGCCCGAGAAGAUCAACGAGGUGGGCGUGAGCGACGAGCAGCGCAAGGAGCGCACCUUCACCUUCCCCGAGGCGGCCGAGCUGAGGUCGGUGGCCGACAGGAGGAGGCUGUUCGAGCGCGAUGGCCGCACCGUGUCCACCGUCAACCUGUCCCGGCCUGAGCUGAAGCAGCUGCAGCAGAGCGCACUCGCCGACUACAUCCAACGCAAGACGGGCCGCAGGCCGCAGCUGCCCGAGCCCCCCGGCCCGGAUAACCACAGCCUCAGCUCCUGCUCCACCAGCCUCAGCUCGCUGCUGGAGCCCGGCGUCCCCGUCCCCGUUGCCCUCGCAGGCCCGCCGCCGCCACACCAGCCCCACCAGCCCCGGGCCAGCGUGGUGGAGAGGCGCUACGGCUCUGAGUUAACGCUGAAUAAAACGCCGCCUCACGACCUGGUGCGGCCUCCCCGCCACGGCCGGCAAGUCCCGGGCCAGGAGCAGCCUCCCUUCGACAGGCCCUCGUCCGCCAGGAACUCCGGCAAGUUCGCGUCCGCCGACAACUUGCUGCAGCAGAGGGCCGACCACCCCGUCGCCGUCCACGUCCGUUCCAGGUCUUCGCCCUCCACUGAUAUGGUCUCUCAGGAUGUUCUGUGUGCUAUGAACAGACCUUCAGCCUUCCCUAAAAAAGAUCUAAUUUCUUCUUCGUCCAACAUGAUGGGCCCUGACUGCACGAGCAACACCUAUGGGGCUCUACUGGCAACUGGUUCCAAAGUCCAGCAAGUGCCAAAGUUGCCCUCCGAGUGCAGGUGGCCGCUCAUCCAGGCAGCCUCUCAAGACUGGAUUUUUAACAAUGAUGGCAGAAGCAAGCACAUGGGACCAUCUCUGUCAACUAGUUAUGAGGAUGAAUUGGAUCCCCUCACUGUAAACAAAUUGCCAGUUAGAAACGAGAAGCAGAAAUCCCUGGAGAAUUAUAGGCCCAGCAGCACCUCCUGCAUCAGGCAGCUAACGAACACAGGGCAAUUCAACUUCUGGUCGAACCCAGAGAACCCAACACAAGACGGAUCUACUUCAGAACACUGCGGCAAAUCUAUCUCCAGUGAUCACGAGAACAAGAAUGGCAGAACCGCAGGGUCUUACCAAAACUACCUUCCAGAAGAAACUGUGAUGAAGAAGAAGAGACCACCACAGAGACCUCCAGCACCUAAAUCGAAAUGGGUCAACUCAGUAAAUGAUGACUCCAUCAAGAGGGGCACGUUCCCUCCUAUUGCCAGGUCAAAUUACGACCUGUCUGAGAGGGACCAGUAUCACAUUAUUGGAACUGCCAUUACACGGGAACCUGAGCUAGGACCUGCCCAACCAUCUUCCCCUCGCGGCAGCGUGCACUCGCUACCUUCCCUGUCAGAGUCGCGCCUCCAGUCAUUCUUAUCGUUCACAGAUGAGGAUGACGUGUUUGUCCAGGAUUUGGACACUAGGGUCCCUGCUGGAGGUUUUCAGCCCCUUCCGCCCCCACAUCCACAGGAUCCCAGGGCUGUACCGGAAACCAGGGACAACGAGUUUCCACCGCUGCCUUUUCCGAAUACCUUUAAAGAUCAGAGGACUGAGGAAUUAUUUAGCAGGAGUGAUGAACAAGCUGUGACCAGGUUUUCAGAAAACUAUUCCACCAGGGGCCUGGUGCCUGUGAUAAAUGACGCAGAUGAAAAUAGCCGUGCAGUCCCGCUCUGCAGCUGCUCUGCCCAACGCAGCACCAGUGUUAAUAUACCAACCACUCUUACAACCCGGGAAGAACCCCACUCAUCCCAAACUGAGCAUUGCCAAAGCCAGAGCUGGGAUUCCCCAUGUGAUCAAAUGCAAAAUGCAACCACAAUCCAGGAGAGCUCGGACUGUAAACUCCCUUCAAUGCCAAUGGAAGAAAUGAAGAAAUCACCUGAGGACCUCAAGUCAGAAGAACUUGCCAAAGAGAUCAUUGGCAAAGACAAGUCUUUGGCAGAGAUAUUAGAUCCAGAUUCGAAUUUGAAGACAACCAUGGACCUGAUGGAGGGCAUUUUCCCCAGGGGCAGCACGGUGAGGCAGGAGGUGCAACACAGAAGGCCAAGAUUACAGAAGAUGGUCAACAACUCUGUAUCUGAGGAGGAGAAGAAAGAGGAGAAAGAGAGGGGAGCAGCCACUGCAUAUUGUCCCACUUACUACAGCACGUCGGCCCUCAAAGCUGAACUGAUGAAUAAAAUAAAGGAUAUGCAGAGAAAUGAUGCUGAAGAUGAGGAGGAAGUACCGGACAUAAACGAGAAAAAGAAUGAGCUAAUUGAGAGCAUAACAUGUAAAAUUCAAACCCUGCGUGAAGCCAAGGAGAGCCUAGCAACUGACAUUAAACUGAAUAGUGCUCUGGGCGAGGAAGUGGAGAUCAUGAUUAAAGGCUUAUGCAAGUCCAAUGAAUUUGAGAAGUACAGGAUGUUAAUUGGCGACUUGGACAAGGUCGUAAACUUGCUGCUUUCCCUCUCUGGUCGUUUGGCACGAGUGGAAAAUGUCCUGAAGACUCUGGAUGAAAGUGCAAAUGCGGAGGAGCGUAAUUUGUUAAAUGAAAAGCGUCGACUCUUGACCAGUCAGCAUGAGGAUGCAAAAGAACUGAAGGAGAACCUGGAUCGCAGAGCACGUGUGGUCUUGGCUAUCCUGGAGAACUACUUGACCGCAGAACAACUCGACGACUACCAGCACUUUGUGAAGAUGAAGGCGGCCCUCCUGAUGGAGCAGCGGGAGCUGGAUGACAAGAUCAAGCUGGGUGAUGAGCAGCUCAAGUGUUUAUUGGAAAGCCUACCUGCUGACUUCAUAUCGCAAAGGACGGCUCCUUCACCCACCAGCCACUCCCAGCCUGGCACCUCACAGCAGACAUUUACCUCUCCCCUUUAAAAUGAGAGUAAGGGAUUAUUUUUUUCAGGUUUUAAGAGUAAACAUUCAAUAAACAUGAAUAUCAAAGACGGCGUAUUUAAAGUGCUCUGAAUUUUAAAGAAACAAUGGCUAACAUGGUUUGGCCAGAAGAUACUCCUCAUGGGAACAUACCCACAUGCCAGUCUACAUCAGCGCUACACUUGAAAAUUCCCAUGGAGAGAGAGAAGAAUCUUUUCAAAAGUAAUUUUUUUUUAAAAAGCACCCCAUGAAGGAAAGCAGCAGGGUAAAAGAUCUCUGCGUAAAAGAUAUUUUAAAAGCAAUAAGAAACUGUUUUGUAGCCUUGCCAAUAACUUCAGAGAAUUACUACUAUUUAUAAUUUUGAAGUAUAAGAUUCUGUAUAUACACUAACCUUUCAUGGUUCUACUCUAUUGUGUAGGGGGGAAAAAGUCUAAUUUUGUAAGAAAAUCACUUUUGGAGAGAAAUACAACCCAUAUCACAAACACUGAUUGUAAUCUACUGAGUUUUUGCUUUUCUAUUAACAAUGAAGGACUUCGGAUCACCGGGAACAGAGGAAGCUGGAGAUGAACAAUCAUUUUUGUACCAAAUGCUGAUAAAUUCUUUCAAAAUAUGAUGAGUUUCCACUUUUAACUCACAUUGUCAGUAACUUUCACUUUUCAAAACAAUGUUGUAAACUAAAGGAAUUUUUACAUCUGCAUUUUUGUCCUGAUGUUUGAUGGUUAGAUAUGACCCCCAGUAGCUGGGUAAUCACCCUUCUGUACAGCUGGCAGAAAUUAUUGACUGGCAUUGCUCUCCAGGACAGUACGGCAUGAGUUCCUCCAGUGCCCUCAUUAUUUAUACCAAGAUCAGACGAUAUUGAAAUAUAUGUAGAAUACUGAUUUGUUUCUGAAGUGCCCUCCGUGAAUGAAGGAACUCAAAAUUGGUACAUGUUGCAACCGAAGCUCUCCUGUCUUCAGAGUUCCCGUCUCUAUCUGCGUAAUGUGAUGUUAAUCGUAGUGUUGGAAAAGCAGUUUACAGUGCAGAUGCGCACAGCUCCACCCACAGAGCCCUAUUUAUGUGGGAUUCCUAAUGCAUUGGAUGAGUUGGGUACAACCUAAAGCUUCUGUAACACUUUUUUCUCUUUUUAAAAUAUUCCGAUUUCUCAAUAUAAUGGGCUGUAUGUACACCACUGUACCAAAUACUAACUUUCUGAAGAGCAGACCCUGAGAUGGAAGAUGCGAUAAGAAUCUUCAUUACUUGACUGCUGUCAGAUCCAGGUUUUAUCUUAUUUUAAGCUUUGUUGUGGCAUCUGAUGACAAGUUGGGUUUUUUUUGUAAUUAAUAAUGUUUCAUGCUCCACUGUAAUGCCAACUUUUUUUAUUCAGAGGACAAUGACUUUUCAGAGUUCAAUCACGACUUGGUCACAGCUGUACUCGUUCAAUGUUUGCCAGUCAAUCCGAGUCUUUGCCCAGACGGUGAUGUGAAACACGUUCCAUGGCUUCUCACAAAUCAGCCUGUAGUGCAGUAUGUGAAAUCAAUCCUUUGCCAUACUUCUCACAGUCAUAUGUGUUCUUGACCAGAAAUCAUGACAUUGAAGCUUGCACCCCACUUAUUGCUGCAGACAAUAAAAAUGAUGAGUGUCA